AACGGCCGAUUAACAAUCGAUUAUAUGGACUUGUUUUUGUGGGAAAUCAGGGUUGCAUUUUACGCCGUAUUUCGUUUCAUUUCCCUAAAAAGUGAACAAAAAUACGCAAUCGGACAAAUCUAGCGGCUAAGAAUGUCUGAAGCGGAGCUGGAACAGACGCCCAGCGCGGGCCACGUGCAGGAGCAGCCAACGGAGGAGGAGCACGAGCCGGAACAAGAGCCAACCAAUGCGUACACAAUUGGCGGUCCGCCGAGGACGCCGGUUGAAGAUGCGGCGGCCGAAUUGAGCGCCAGUCUGGACGUCAGCGGCUCGGAUCAGUCGGCGGAGCAGUCGCUGGACCUCAGCGGUGCCCAAACGGAGGCCGCGGAGGAGUCGGAGCCACCGGCAAAGCGCCAGCAUCGCGACAUCAGUCCCAUUUCGGAGGACAGCACGCCAGCGAGCAGCACAUCGACCAGUUCCACCAGGUCGUCCAGCUCCUCGCGGUACGACGACGUUAGCGAGGCGGAGGAGGCACCACCGGAGCCCGAGCCGGAGCAACCACAGCAGCAGCAGCAGGAGGAAAAGGAGGAGGACGGUCAGGAGCAGGUGAAGUCACCAGUUUCAGUUGAAUUGCAGGCACAGGAGCCCGCGCAGCCGCAAGAGCAGGAAGUGGAGGUGGACCAGGAAAUGGACACCGAGGAUGAGCCCUCCUCCAAUACGGUAAUCUGCGUGGCCGACAUCAACGCCUACGGCACUGGUUCCAACAUUGACGACUUCGUUAUGGAUCCCGAUGCUCCGUCUAAUGCCAUAAUCACCGAGGUGGUUACCAUUCCAGCUCCUCUUCAUCUCAAAGGGGCACAACAACUGGGGCUGCCAUUGGCUGCCCCACCGCCACCACCACCUCCACCAGCAGCGGAAGAAGUUCCCGAGACUCCUGCCUCGCCCACAGAUGACGGCGAGGAACCACCAGCGGUAGGUUUAUCCUCCUACAUGCGCGUUCGCUACAUGCAGGAAUCGACACCUGGCCUGCCCACCCGCCUGGCGCCGCGUGAUCCUCGCCAGCGCAACAUGCCUCCGCCAGCCGUAGUACUGCCCGUUCAAACCAUACUUAGCGCCAACGUGGAGGCCAUUUCUGACGACAGCAGCGAAAGUAGCAGCAGCGAUGACGACGAAGAGGAAGAGGAGGACGAAGAUGAUGCCUUGACCAUGGAGCACGACAGCACUUCCAGAGAGACGGUCAUAACAACGGGUGACCCUCUGAUGCAAAAGAUCGAUAUAAGCGAAAAUCCCGACAAGAUCUACUAUAUUCGGCGGGAGGAUGGCACCGUGCACCGUGGCCAGGUGCUUCAGUCUCGCACCACUGAGAAUCCGGCCGCUCCCGAAGAGUACUACGUCCACUAUGUUGGCCUCAAUCGCCGCCUGGACGGCUGGGUGGGCCGGCACCGAAUCUCGGACAAUGCGGAUGACUUGGGCGGUAUUACCGUGCUGCCAGCGCCACCUUUGGCCCCCGAUCAGCCAAGUACCAGCAGGGAAAUGCUCGCCCAACAGGCCGCCGCGGCGGCAGCUGCCUCAUCCGAACGGCAGAAGCGGACGGGCAACAAGGAUUACUAUCUGUCCUAUUGCGAGAACAGUCGCUAUGACUACAGCGACCGCAAGAUGACACGCUACCAGAAGCGGCGCUACGAUGAGAUCAACCACGUGCAGAAGAGCCAUGCUGAGCUGACCGCCACGCAGGCGGCGCUGGAGAAGGAGCACGAGUCCAUUACCAAGAUCAAGUACAUUGAUAAGCUGCAGUUUGGCAACUACGAGAUCGACACCUGGUACUUCAGUCCCUUCCCCGAGGAAUAUGGCAAGGCACGUACGUUAUAUGUUUGCGAGUACUGCCUAAAGUAUAUGCGCUUUAGGGCAAGCUAUGCCUAUCAUCUGCACGAAUGCGGCCGCAGGCGUCCGCCCGGAAGAGAGAUCUACCGCAAGGGCAAUAUAUCCAUUUACGAGGUGAACGGCAAGGAGGAGUCACUAUACUGCCAGCUUUUGUGCCUGAUGGCCAAGCUCUUUCUGGACCACAAGGUUCUGUACUUCGACAUGGACCCGUUCCUCUUUUACAUCCUCUGCGAGACGGACAAGGAGGGCAGUCACAUUGUGGGCUACUUCUCCAAGGAAAAGAAGUCGCUGGAGAACUACAACGUGGCCUGUAUUCUGGUAUUGCCGCCGCAUCAGCGGAAGGGAUUUGGAAAACUACUAAUAGCCUUUAGCUAUGAGCUGUCGCGCAAGGAGGGUGUCAUCGGUAGUCCGGAAAAGCCGCUCUCGGAUCUGGGUAGGCUGAGCUAUCGCAGCUAUUGGGCAUACACUCUGCUGGAGCUGAUGAAAACCCGCUGCGCUCCAGAGCAGAUCACAAUCAAGGAGCUGAGCGAAAUGAGUGGCAUCACCCACGACGACAUUAUCUACACGUUGCAGUCCAUGAAGAUGAUCAAGUAUUGGAAGGGCCAGAAUGUCAUUUGCGUUACGUCCAAGACCAUUCAAGAUCACCUACAGCUGCCGCAGUUCAAGCAGCCCAAGCUGACCAUCGACACCGAUUACCUCGUCUGGAGUCCGCAAAAUGCAGCUUCAGUGGUCAGAGCUCCGGGAAAUUCCGGCUAGCAUACGGAACCUGGGGACCCCGUUCUGCUGUCAUCGCAUAUAAUUGUUAUUGACGAUGACGAUUAGGAUUUUUUUUUUAAAGAAAGCGUAGGAAUAGGCUAUUUUAUUGCACCCCUCCCAAUUAAAAUUGUAUAGUCAUAUAUGUAAACGGAACCAUCAGAAGGUUUAACACUAAGCAAUGUUAUACUUAAAAUUUGGUUUACAAUAUUUUUUUUUUUUAGUUAAGGAGUUUUAUGGAUAGGCUGUUGUAACUCUUAAUGAUAGAACCAAAUGUCUACUUCGUUUGGAUAGUGUUUUUCGGAGAGGAAAUUUGGAACAACCAUUUAAGAAUUUUAAAAACUUCAGGGUUCUCGAAAAACUCUGGACUUGUUAAAAACUCCAAUCUGAGAACAUGAUUAUGGUUGUACUUUCUCAGAUAAGUGCUUCGUUACAUUAACGUCAAAAAGAGGAAAAAAUUAAAUAUUUAUUCUUUUCA